UGGUGAUUCACUUUAAAGUCCUAUAUUCGGGGAAAAAAAACAUUAUGGCCAGCCAUGGGUUGCUAUGUCGAUUAUCUACUUCUUGAUACCAGGAGAAAAAUUUAGAACACCUGCAUGCUGUCCAUAGUAAUUUACCCACUGAGAGCAACAGAUUUGCUGGAACAGCAGCACCAAUAUGCAGUAAAUGUGCCUAGCUGUCGAACCCCUCAGUUCCAGAGGUUCUUUAUUCCUCUCACUGUUGGACUGUGGAACAACCUCCCAGAGUAUGUCAUGCAAUUGGAACUCCAGAAGUUCAAGCAAACAUGCAAUGCACUACUACCCUAAUGUUACACUGAGACAAUAUUGAUAAUGAUGAUGCCAAUGAAGACAUUGCAAGAGUGUUCUGCAGACUGCAUUGCCCAGGCCCUUCUGAACAGUCCUUGUGUUACUCAUUUGGCUACUUCAGCAUUUCGUGGACACGUAGAUUCAAGUCAAAAAGAAGUAAUAUAUCAGUGCUUGGUGGAUUUGAAGGAACAUUUAUCUAGUUUAAAAUGUACAAAUUCUGGUGGAAUCAGCAUCCCAGCAUCAUGGUUGUUAAAACAACGAAUUGCGUCGGUUGCUGAGUAUGUAUCAUGUCAAUCUCAGAUAGACUUUUUGAAAGCUUCUAUAUUGAAGCUUUUACUCUUUGAGGAGUUUGUUUUAAGUACGGGAGUGGAAUGGGAAGGUAGUGAGAAUGUAAGUGAAGACAAUGAGACUGAUUUCGUCUUUGAGUACUCUAUGUCUGACGUAGCAUACCUCAAUGCUUUUAUUAGAGUGCUCAAGUCAUUUGGACCUUUCCCAGUGGAACGAGUGAUUCUAGCAUUCGAGUUUCGAGAUGCAGAGGAUAUGAAAUCAGUGUUGCAAGCCUUGUUCAGCAGUUGCACAAAAAUUAAAAGCAUCCAUCUGGCAGGGAAGUGUGUUAAUGUUGUUGCUUUAAGUAAUCUGAAAUGCUUUUCAAAACAGCUUGAAGAGUUAGUUCUAAUCGAUUCGUACAGUUCUUUGACCAAAGAUACAUUUUGUGUGUCCUUACUGGGCAGGCCAUGGAUAGAGUACAUAUCUAGUCAUGAUGGUAGAAAUAGUUGUUUAGAACCUCAGUUUCCAGCCUUGAGGCAUUUAUGGUACCAAAGACAGAACUCAAACCAGAACUGGAAUGAUAGCUUUAUAAAAACUGCAAUUCUAACGUACUAUCCAAACUUGAAGACAUUGAAUUGGCGUGUGAAUGAAUUUAACCACAAUUAUGCGCUAACAAAGGUACCUGGUUUGAGUGGCAAACAAUACAACUUGGAAAGCCUACUUUUAACAACAGUAGACCUUGUGGACUCCAACAGAAGUGCAGCCUCAGAUAGACUAAUUUGUAGUGUAGAUGUGGGAUAUUUACCACAAUUAUUUCCUGGACUUCAAGAUGUUUCUUUGGUGUUUGCAAGAAGCCCUGAUUGCCAGUGUUCUCGCUCAGAGCUAAAAGGACCUUGUAAGGGAAGGGCUUCCCAAAUUAUUGAAACUCUAACUAAUGUUUUGUCAGAUUGCAGUAAGAUUGAAUCACUUACAGCUGGCGGUGACAUAGUCCAUCUGGAAUCUAUUUUACUUCCAGUGCUAAGCCUAUACGGACACAGAUUGCGAUCGUUGGGCCUCAGACUACACAUAACGGCUACAACCACUCAGCAACACAUUAUGAACAUAUUGUCUCUUUGCCCUCAUUUAGAGAAUAUAACCAUAACAGGCAAUGGCUUUUAUCAACGAACAUAUCCCUCUUUUGAGAAGCCUGUGAAGAGACCCAAAGUCAAGACACUACAGCUUAUGUUGAACGCAUCUCACCCAGAUAACAUAGAACUGAUGCAGAUGUUUUUAUCAUCUUGCAGUGAUAUAAAGAACUUGUGUAUUAGUGCAUUAGCAAUUGAUAGCCUUCAUGCAAUAGUAGAUGGCCAUAAAGCAAUUCAUCUCUCAUCAUUAAUACUACCUGUCCUUGAAAACAUUUCUGUUGCUGAUAUUGAUGACCAUGUGUGCAUUAUACUGAAAAACUAUCCAAACUUGCAAUAUAUAUAUGUGCCCAGAAAACUUAAGAAGUGGAGGACUUUUCAAGAAAAAUUAUGGAAUAGAGGAAUAAUAGUCAAAUUUACCGAUUUAUUAGUAAAUUUGUUUUAGAAUUUUGGUGUUAAGUAAUGAGUGUAUUUCAGAGAUGUUUAUUUUGUUGAAACUGAAGAUAAUUUAUAAAUUAUUCUGUUGCUUUACUGAUACAAUGUUAAGGUGAAUGCUGUGCUGUUAUUGUGUGGUGAAUUGAUGCAGAAAGAAAAAUUAUAUACUACUACCGUGUUUUAAGAGAUGGACCAAAUCUUUAGCAUGAUGCUACUGUUCCUUCUAAAAUUGAGGAAUUGCAUUGCAGUGCAAUGAGAACCUACUACUAAAUAGUAUUGUAUGAUGUUCAGAUUCAAUGACAGAUAUGUCACUGUUCCUGUGAUGUUGAAAAAUGGUCAUAUUUAAUCAUUCUUUA